CCUAUCUCAGCAGAUAAUCAAAAAACGGUUGCAAAACUGUUGAGUCUGCUGAACGCAGCCAAUUUCUUCGAUCUUAGGAGCGAAACAUAACCUAUUUUAGACCAAACUUCGCGUCAGUCGUCAUUAGCACCACUGGAUAGUUGGUUUCAUCAACUUUUUUGACAAACAGUAUGAAAUUACAAUUGUCAAACCUGCCAAACUAUUUUAUGGAACAUGGGAGAUAAAGAGCAUCAUGUUCACUUUAGUGGUGGAAGUGGAUUUGGAAAAGAUAACAAUAUUAUGAUACAGCCACAGCGACAUGGUCAUAUAGAUGCUCAUUUAGGGUUCUUGCAACUGUAUCACAGAUAUCACAUAGAAUUUUCAGUACCAUGGAACACAUGUAUUCAUCCAGAAGAAAAGACAGUAGCUCCGGCAGUAAUUGCAGGAAGUUGCAAUGCAAAUUGUCACAUUGUCGAUUUUGCACAAGAAAAAGAUGGUUUAAGGUUAAAAAUAGAGCUAUUGGCACAUAAGGAGAAAAUACUAAAAGAAGAUGUCGAAGUGAUGUGUUGUCCAUCAGGUACUCCAUUAAAAAUUGUACUGAAUGCACGUGUUUUAGCUAAAGACAAAGGUACACCAUUGUUGAGAAACGGCAUACGUAGUAUUGCUGUAGAAGGAACCAACGAAGAUGAGAUGUCUGAAUAAUGUUGCUUAUUAUCGAACUGUCUUUCACUGAUAAAUAUUUAAGCAUUUAUGGCCGGUAUUCAUAGUCAUUUCUUAUUUCAAGACCGUCUUAAGUAAUGUCUCAACACGCUAAUGCGGUCCUCUGGUUGAUUCGUGACAUCACAAGGCUGAACUUAAGACGAUCUUGAAUAUAAGAACUAUGAAUACCGGUCUAAGUGCUGAAUACUAGUUAAAAGUUCGAACAACUCAGUAUAAUUAAAAGAUCUUGUAUCAAACUACAGCGAACGUUGCAAUUGUAAAUGGCCAAGCUCCACGAAAAAAGAUAAUUUGCCUACUGCUCUUAAGAAUAUAUCACGUGCAAGAUGUCUGCAAAAGCAAUAAUAAUACCACUUAUUCUCUACUUACUAUGUACGCAUUAUGUAUUAAACAAAUUAUAUUUUGUUAUUAUUUUAUAUCGAUCGAUAUUGAUGUUAUCGAUCGAUAUCGAUUGAUAUCGAUGUUUCAACGAAACUUCCGCUAAAUAAAUAUCAGUGGCACUAAAUUACUUUUCAACUGUGAUCAUGAAAAUUGAUUAAUUAUUCGAAUAAACUGAGACGUGAAGUUCUUCCCCAUAUUAUUGUCAACCAUCUUUGGCAUUUAUUAAAAUCGCAUCAAUUUACCGUCUUAUGUAUACAGAAUGUCCCAUUGUAAUUGCUCUAGGAAAAUAUCUU